AUGGAUCAAAGUAAUCGUCAAAGAAGAAAUGACUUAGAUAUAGAUAGUUUUCGAAGUGAAGAACCAGCUUUCGACAGAGCCCGAAUGCGAAGGCAGUCGGGUGGUUUCGUAGAUUUAGGCAAUGAAUCACAAUAUGGUACAGGUGGACAUCAAGCUUCAGGAGCUAAUGAAAUAUUUGCAGAUAUACAGGGUGAUGUACCUUGGUGGAAAUCAAACUUUUUUAUAUCACAACCAGUGCUGUUUGGUACAUGGGAUGGAGUGUUUACAUCAUGCUUAAUAAACAUCUUUGGUGUGAUAGUAUUUCUACGAUCAGGAUGGAUUGUAGGACAAGCUGGCUUGGUCAACGCAAUAUUUAUAGUACUAUUUACAGUUUUUGUAGCAUUAAUCUCAGUAUUAUCAGCCAUUGGAAUAUGUGAUAGAUGCAGAAUUGAAAGUGGAGGUGUAUAUUUUUUGAUAUCACAUACACUAGGAUCAAGACUUGGAGGUGCUCUUGGAAUGAUUUAUUGUUUUGGACAGGCUGUAGGUUGUGCCCUAAACGUGUUCGGUUUUGGUGAGUCCAUGGCAGGAUUUAUCAUUGAUGAUGGACAAAGUGAAAGCUUUAAAUGGACCUCCAGAGGUUUUGCUAUAGCUGCUGUUCUACUACUCGGCACUAUAAAUGUUGCUGGAGUGAAGUGGGUGGUCAAACUACAGUUUGCUCUUCUCAUGAUCAUAAUGUUAGCAGCACUUGACUUCUUUGUUGGUUCAUUCACAACCGUACCUAGUGACGAAAAAUUGCAAACAGAGUUCAAAGGGUGGCUUGGUGGUGUAAUAGCAAAUAACACAUGGCCUGCAUAUGUGGACAAUUACACUUGGUUCAGAUGCUUUGGAGUUUUCUUCCCCACAAUCACAGGCAUACUAGCGGGUAUCAAUAUGAGUGGAGAUUUAAAAAGUCCUUCAACUAAUAUACCUAAUGGUUCUUUGGCAGCCAUUGGCACCGGAACAUUCUUAUAUUUGAUGUUCAUCAUAACAUUAGCAGCAACAGUGACCAGAGAAGGUUUGCUCAAUAACUUUUCUAUAACAGCAGACAUAUCAGCUGUAACUGUCCUGCUGUUAGCGGGUUUAUAUGUUAGCUCUAUGAGUUCAUGUCUAGGAGCUAUGUAUGGUACGCCAAGAGUGUUACAGAGUAUUGCAAAAGAGAAAGUCAUACCUGGACUAGCAUUUCUCGGACACGGGAGAGGUCCAAACAAGGUACCGAUAUACUCGAUGGUUGUAGUGGCUGUAGUAACCGUCACUUUUAUCAUUAUUGGUGACAUCAAUCAACUCGCACCUAUUGUCACCAUGCCGUUUCUCAUUACUUACGCUAGCAUUGAUUAUUCCUACUUUGCUCUUGCUCAGACUUUUGAUUUGCAACAUAGACGCGAAAUGAGGUAUCAGGGUAGUUCACAGCGUGAUAGUACUCAGGUUUAUGGUGCCACAGGGAGUGAUCUAGAUCUUCUGUUUCCUGAAAGGAUCAGACAUAAAAAUGUUGGCGAAUUUACACCUUCGCCAACAGAUUCUGCUAUAAUGAAUGGACGGAUGUCUAACGGUGACGUUAGUUCUGUACGACGACCGAGUGUCAGUGUACAUUCGAAAAAUAAGAACUGGUACUCACCUCUAUGUAACAGAUGGCUCUCUUUAGUUGGUGUGGCAAUAAAAUUGUUACUUAUGUUCCUCGUUCACUGGGGUUACGCUCUCGGGUGCUUGACCAUUUUGUGGCUGGUUUGGCUGUAUAUUGGCGCGGCCAAUCCCGCGCUCAAGCCGGGGCGGGCUUCAGAAUUCCGAUUCUUCCAUUGGGUGAAAAUAUCUUUCCUGCAGAUGAUUGGAAAACGUCCCCUGGAAUACGAGCAGUUAGUUGUGACCCCAGUGCACGCAGACAUUUCUGUAGAACAAGAAAGACUAAACGAUGACAACGAAGAUUUUGCGUCCCGUCGGCGGUACCACCAGUCUACGGCGCUGCAAAGUCACCUUGUCAGUGUUGAUAGUUAA